AUGACUGAUGGCCGCCUUCUCUUUUCUGUAUUUAAAGGCAAUCCAGAGCUACCAACAGCAGUUAAUAUAACUUGGUCUUCAAUCAAUUUUAAAACUAUACUGCAGUGGCAACCCAAACCAUCAGGCUACUUCUACACAGUAGAAAUACACGGGCAGACAUCUAACACCAGAAAAAAAUGCAUACAGACAACAGAAACAGAGUGUGAUGUGACUGAUGUGGUCAGGAAUGUAAAGGAGACCUAUACAGCACACAUACUGUCUGUGACAUCCUCGGGGAUGGAUAACUUUGAAGAACCACCUUUUGCAGUCUCUGAAAAAUUUACACCUUAUAAUCAGACUGUUGUUGGAAAACCAGAGAUACAGAACUACACGCAAAAAGGUUCCAAGCUGAGCGUCGUGUUCCAAGAUCCGCUGACACCGUACACGUUUCCUAAUGGAAGCUUCCUGAGUGUUCGGGACAUUUUCCAGCAUGACCUGGAGUACAGACUGUAUUACUGGAAAGAUCAAAGUUCUGGGAAGAAAGCUGAAACAUCAAAAAGCCAUACAUUUGAAGUCAGUGUUGACAGCACAAAGAACUACUGCUUCUACAUCCAGGGCAUCAUUCCCUCCCGCAGAGAAAACCGGAGUGGUCAGGAAAGCCUGGUGCUUUGUACCAGUGUGGGGAGAAACGUCCUAGAUGAAUACAGGGCAGAAGUCUUCAUCAUCAUAGCAGUGAUAGCAAUUGCGGUCAUCACUCUUGCCAUUGUCCUGUCAGUCGUCCUGUGUAAACGCAGGAGAGCCAGAUCUGCAAGGGGAAAGGAACACCUCAAUACUCUCUAAGGAACAGCUGCUGCUCUGCUCCAAAGCAGAAAACCAACCAAACAACAAAAGCCAACAAACCCCAUAAAUUACCUAAGUGGGUGGAACCCUUUCAGCCUCCUUGAUACAGGGACUUUGAAGCCCAAACUUUACAUGGAUUCAAAAAUCUGAGAGUCACAGAUGAAAACUCCAGGUACGAGGAAGCCCCUGUGUUAGUGGUGCCCAAAGGCUGCAAGAGUUUUCUGGUGAUGUUCCAAUAGCCUAACCCUGCUCAUAGUCUCUUCCCAAGACCCUUCUAUUGUCCUGUCUGAAACUGGAUUCUGAACUGGAUGGACCUUUGACUUGACGAGGUACAGAUAUUCUGCAAAUAGGGCCCUACUGAGCCAGAAGAUGAUGGUAUCUGUGAGGGGAAAAAACCACUACUUGGACAAAAUGUGUCCUUUGCCUGACUAAAAGGAACAACUCUCUGUUUCUGUGAAACACGCCUGUAUUUACCUGACUUGCUUUUAAUAUUAUUAACUGGUGAAAUGAUCUGUUAGCCCAAACAUGACAGAGAUGCUACUGUUGUUUUUUAUCUUGGAUAA